UUUUAGUCCCUCUGGCUUCCCGUAGUCCGGACGGCGGGAUAGACUAAACAUGAGAAUCUGUGUCAAAACAACCUAGUGUGUGCUGUGUUAUUUUUUAAACCCAGCCAAUUAUAAUUUACCACACAGAAGCGGGGACAGUACAAGUUUCUAUGUUUAACAUUUCCUGACGGGUCAAUUAUGUACCUCCGGGGGCCUUAAGGUCGGCUUGACCGUGGGGAAGAUGUGCUCUCUGGCGUUUUUCCCUCCUCCGCUGCCCUCCGGAGAGACCACUUUGUGCGAGUCCAACAAUGAACUACUAUCAGGGACGAACACCAAAGAGGGGCUCAACCAGGACUCCAGUCCUUUGAGCCUGCAUUUUCCCAGAGAGUCUCUGAAGCUCCACAGCCGCACAGAGAGCAGCAGCAAGGCAGCCUUCCUGGACCACUCUGAAACACUGUGGAUGAGGAGUGCAACAGCAUGGCGGGAUGGUGGGUUCACUGGGCUGCUGGAUGAAAUUACAACCUCUCAUACAGAAGUGCCUAAAUGGCUGUCAGUGAGUUCUGGUUGUAUCCUGGCUUUGCUCAGAUGGGCCUCUUCUUUUCACAGCUCUCUGUUUCCUCAUCUCACACUGAGCAGCGAGGACAUGAUCGCUGAGUUUUCACAAGUGUUAAACUGGUCUGACUGUGUAGUUCGAGCCUUUGCCUGGCAUCCUCACACUGAUAAAUUUGCUGUAUCCUUGUUGGACGAUUCAAUUAAGAUCUACAACCCCAAAAGUGCCACAACUCCAACACUGAAGCAUCGUCUACAGAGGAGUGUUGCAGCAGUGCAGUGGAAGCCGCUGUGUGCAUCUGCGCUUGCGGUUGCGUGUCAGAACUGUUUACUGGUCUGGCACGUGGACCCCUGCUCACUGUCAACCAGGCCUUCUUCUGGUUGUGCUCAAGUCUUGUCCCAUCCCGGCCACUCUCCUGUCACAGCCAUCGCUUGGUCUCCGAGCGGAUCUCUUCUUGUGUCUGCUUCCCCAGUGGACACAGCGAUGAUGGUUUGGGAUGUUGCUGCAGAGAGCUGUGUACCACUCCAGCGUGUUGGAGGAGGUGGUGUCACCUUCCUGUCCUGGUCCCCAGACGGCAGCCACGUCCUGGCCUCCACACCGUCGGCUCUUUUCAGGGUUUGGGAGACCAGGAUGUGGACUUGUGAGCGUUGGCCCUGUGUGAAAGGGCGCUGCCAGUCUGGUUGUUGGAGUCCAGAUGGAAGUCGACUUCUUUUUACUGUUCAGGGGGAGACCGUCAUCUAUGCUCUGACUUUCACUGGCGUACCAGCAGGAGUACCUACAGGUACAUCGAAAGGGCCGCAGGCAGCAGCUGUUGUGGCUGACCUAUCAGAGACAACCUUUAACACACCAGAUGGAGACCUCAUUGUUGGGGGAGAGAUUCAGUCUUUAGCCUGGGAUCCAAGAGGAGAAAGACUUGCAGUGCUUCUUAAAGGUGAUCCACAAGCAAUGGACCGACCGGCAAUCAUUGCCGUGUUCAAGACGAGAGCCAACCCUGUGUUUGAGCUGUUGCCAUGUGGUUUUGUUCAAGGGGAGCCGGGUGUGGAGCCAAGACUAAUGCAGUUCCACCCAAAUUUCCGCCACGGGGCUCUACUCACUGUGUGUUGGUCCAGUGGAAGAAUUACUCACGUGCCUUUCUACUUCUUGAGCACUGCCAUUCCCCAUGUUGGCCUCAGUGGAAGUCCAUCCCUGCCUCACCCACAGGAAAGGGCUGCUGACUUUGCCAGUCAGUCUCUCUUUACAGAGCUCAUCUCUUAAUUUACCAAAAUCCUGUAACUGCAAAUCAUCUAUUUCUACAGAUUGUUCAUAAAGUGGUUUAGUAAAGUUUUGCUUUGCAAUAAA